AUGGGGAACUUCGCUGCCUGCUGCCGAAGUUUCUGGUGCAAGCCCAAAAACCCUGACGUCCGGAUCAGCCUGCCUGCGGUCUGCUUCGUGUGGCAGAUCGCCAUGAUCAUCCUGUUUGGACUGUUUGUGCGUUAUGAUGAUGAGUCGGAUGCACACUGGUCUGAGCACAAGCAUGAGAACAACAUCACGAGUGACAUUGAGAACAACUUCUACUUCAGAUACCCAAGUUUUCAGGAUGUGCAUGUGAUGAUCUUUGUGGGUUUUGGCUUUCUCAUGACCUUCCUGAAGCGCUACAGCUUCGGCGGGGUCGGAUUCAACUUUCUCAUCGCCGCCUUUGGUCUGCAGUGGGCUCUUCUCAUGCAGGGCUGGUUUCACUCGCUGGACCCGGCUGAUGGCCAAAUCAAGAUCGGAAUUGAGAAUAUCAUCAAUGCUGACUUCUGUGUGGCUGGA